ACUUAGAAUUUCCUGUGAGCUUUUCAGUUUCAGUUUCCAGGAACUUAGGCCUAGAACUAGAUCAAGGAACUCCCAAGGGAGGCGGCAGAAGACAUCAAAUCUGCUUGAAAAGUUUUGUGCAAAAUUUCUUUGAUUGUAAAGUAAUAGGCCACAAAUAAAGCGUAAACUAUAUUUUGAAUGAAGUAUUUUUUCGAUAGUACCAUAAUAUACAGUUCCUUGAUCAGUGUUCCUUUGAUUUAAAACAAAAAUGCUCAAGACUUGGCUUAGCUUAGCCAAUAAUAAAUUACAUUUACAUACAUUUUGCGUCAACCUUCCAGUUUCUUUGUCAUUGUCAUCAGUUCAGGUCAGGAAAAAUGUAGUUAUAUAAAUUAUUAAAUCAUGGUUAUGGGACGAGAGCUCACGGUGACGGUGUCAACGCUCAACACAAAAUCGUUAUCUGAAAAGGACAGGUCCUGGAUGAACCUCGAGAGGGAAUCUGUUUCAACACACAGUGGAAAUUUUGUUUAGCCUCGCUUUCCUCGGUUUCCAACAUCAAACCUUUGGUUUCUGGACAUUUUUUGAAGCCGUGGGACUCAAAAUUGAUUGAUUUCCAAUUAAUUGCUGGCCAGGAAAAAGUUCAGAGAAUCUACUCAAGAUUAUGAAAGGAGACUAGAGGCAAAGGUUGCAAGGUUUGAUUUCAGUCAUCUAAGUUUAAAAAAAAUAAAAUCACUAGACAUUGCUGAAAAGAUGGCUCAAAACAGAACAACUGAAAAUCACGUUACACGAGAAGUAUGCGUUUCUGAAGGAAAGGUCAGCUUUAUUAAAGAUCAGAUUGGUACUUUUGAGGAUUGCACUGUUGAGUAUAAUCACAACACUGCGAAAGUCCUCAUGAGAGGGGCUAAAGACAAAGUAAAUGCCCGGUAUAGAGAGAUACUGAUGUCAUUGAAUGAAAUACACGAAAAAUGCAUAGAACUGACAUUGGCGCAAAAGACUAUUCUCAGCACAGAGGAGGGGAGAUUGUUUUUGAACAAUUUCUUGAGCAACUAUCAGUGGCACUUUAGAGCUGAAGAACUUGGACUUGUGGUUUUGACAAAGAACGAUCAGGAGCUUGGAAGUUGUAUCCAGGCACUGACUUCCCGACUAAAUGGAAAAGAACAUGUUCCUUUUGAUGGAGAAGUGACUGAAGCUCGUCUACUAGAGAUAGAAAAAGAUUUGGACCUGCUUGUGAAAUUAUCGCAUGAUAAAGAUUGCAUAACUAUUGAAGGAGUGACAGAGGAUGUAGCCAUAGCCAAAAGAGAAAUCUUGGAGUUGAGAGAUGAAUUUUUGUUCUGCAAAGAGGAAAUGUCUGUUGAUGGACAAGAGGCGAUAUUUAUCAAGAGUCAUUUGUCAGACGAGUUUGAUAAUCUGUUUUCUGGUCUAGCAGUUGAAAAACGGUUCAAUCAACAUGGAGAGCUAUUUGUUUCUUUAAAGGGUACAAAGAGCAAGAUUGCUGAGGUGAAAAGGAAGUUCAAUGCAUUCGUAAGCAGUGUUACUUCAAGGACAAUAACUUUUUGUUUGGAUCAGUCACAAAGCUAUUUGUUGUCCAAAGGGAAGGAACUUUACCAAGACAAGAUGAAGACUAUUGAGAGAGAGAGAAAGUGCUCUAUUGUAUUUCCUGUCAAUAGUACUGAAGUGACAGAAACUGCUUUUCUGAAUAAUGACUUGGGUUCUAACACUGACAUACCAGCUUCAGGUGAAAUUGUGAAAAAUUUGUCAAACAGUUGCAAACUUCACAUUAAACAUUCGAAAGAUAUCACAGAUGAGACUUCUGAUGUCCUUGUAUGCCCAAUAAAUGAAAAGACAAGUCAACAUACCGCUGUGCUCAACCGUUUUAAGGAUCUGUGUCCUGGCAUCAUUGAAGAACUGGCAUCUGAAAAAGGAAAGAACCCUUCCAGCAGAACGUAUGUGACACGCCAGAGUCUGGGUAAUCUAAGAUGUAAGGCUGUGGUGCAUGUGGUCCUUAAGAAGUUGCGUGAUCCCAGCAGUGACCAAGACUUGGAGCAACAGAUUGUGAAUGCUCUGCAACAAGCAGUCGCACAAGGAACAGAAGCAAAAUCUGUUUCUUUCCCAGUCAUGGGUUAUGGCAGAGCAUUUAAGUUCUCUGUACAAUCAGCAGCUAGGAUUGCAGUGGAUGCAGUGAAACGAUUUGUCACGUCUGCCCAGACUAGCAGCCUCACCGACAUUGUGUUUUUGGCCCCGGAAGAUACUCUGUUCAAGCAGUUUCAGCAGUGCUUGGGUUCUUCUUCUGCACCUGCUGCUGAGAAACGCCGUGCCCCUCCUGUAAACUUUGAUGUAUUGGUAGCGGGGACCAAGGAUACUGAUUUUACACAACUUCGGUCAGAAAUUUGGAGAGUAUUUGAAGUGACUUGUUUGGGUCAUGAGGAGUAUACGCACAAUUUUCCUGAGAAUUUGUCGCAUGAUUUUCAUGUGCAGGUCGAGGAGUUAGCAAAGCAGUUUGGGGUGUUGGUGGAAAAAAGCAAAACAAACAAAGCUGGAUACAGGGUCUCAGGUACUACUAAAGGAAGACAACAAUUGAUAGAAGCCAUUAAAAAAAUUCAAAUAAAAUUUGAGAACAAAAUGAUAUUCUUCAAAGAGAAGAGAGGUUCGGUGGAAUUCAUAAAACAUGCUGCAGUUUCGGAUGAUAAAUUCCCUUCAUAUUGGUUGCAGAAUUCUUCUAACAGGGACCAGCAGGCUAUUAAGAGAGUUGACGUGGACAAAAAGACAGCUGCAGCCAUAACAGAUAUGACCAAGAAGCUUUUUGAUGGAAGGAAAGUGGGCCUUGGCAAAGAUGCAAGAGGUCUUUCCCACAACAAUAUCAAGGUCAUUAAGAUAGAGAGGUUGGAAAACUGUCACUUGUUUGAGAGUUAUGAAGUCUGCAGAAGACGGUUACUUAAAAAGAUGGCUAAGCAGGAGAUUGCUUGUUUGGACAUAAGUAAACUGAAGUCACAGUCUCCAAAGGAAUCAUUUACAUCUGGUGGUGGUGUUGCCUCUACGGAAAAUCUUGAGAGUUUCAUUAAAACAGAACUUUUAUGCCAUGAAAUCAAUGAACAUUACCUGUUUCAUGGGUGUAAUGACUUUGCUUUGGAAGAUAUCUUGAACAAUGGAUUUGAUUUUAGGCUUGGAAGUGAAGGUGGAAUGUUCGGAAAAGGUGUCUAUUUUGCUGAAAACCCAACCAAGGCUGACCAGUAUGCAGAUGGGAAAGAUAGUAGGUCCUCUGCGGAUACCAAGCUUACAAUGAUCCUGGCCAGGGUCCUCCUUGGAGAUCCUUUUUUAUGUGGCAAGGUUUUUGUCGGUGGCCCAGGUGAUAAAAAACUGGUUCGUCCCCCAUGCAAGACGUGUUUUGCGGAUUAUUGCAGAUGCCCCGACAAGAAGUUUUUUGACUCUGUGAUGGGCCAAGGUUGGCUGUUCCGUGAGUUUGUGAUCUACGAAAAACACGUUUGCUACCCAGAGUACAUCAUUACAUACGUCAGAGUCUAAAAAUGAAACAUAUCUUGUCUCUGACACUGAUGGAAAUUGUCUAUCAUUUACUCGGUAAAUAUUCUCUCCAUAGGGGAAUCAAACCCAUGUCCUUUGCAUGCAGCAAUAAAAUGCCUAACCGCUGCACCGCAAGUACCAGUGACUCAGGUUUGAAGUUAUGUAUCUAGCCUACCAGAAAACUUUGUAGAUCAAAGAGGUUAUAUUAUAAUACUAGAGCUCGCUGCAAUGACGUCGCACGUGUCAGACCUUGGGGGCCUUCCUACCCUCAUAGGUAUGGCUGGCGCGCCCCCAUUGACAUGAACAUUCUGAGCCCCCACCUCACUCCCCACAAGCUCUAGUAUAUUAAACACGGCCCUGCCCCCAUAUUUCAGAACAAUCUUGCAGAUUUCCUCCUUAGACUGUGGAGAUGCCUCCAUGUGAUUCUCGAAAAAGUACUCGCUCGUCUUGUUGAACUGCCCAUGUCUUUCCCUUAAAGUUCAGCAUUCCAGGGUAGGCACGCGCAGCCCCAGUUCAUUUUCGUUGGGGACAUCACUGCCACGAACUCUAGUAGUACUAAAUAUAACCUCUUUGUUGUUAAUGAAUAUUUGUCGCUGGUUAUGUUUUAGUUUUACAAGAAAAUAGCUAAGAGCAGUUACAAGUGAUGCUGUUUUUCAACCUUAAAAUGAUUUUUUGUAUGCUGUUCUCUUGCACAUUUCGUCCUUCUUUUUGGCUUGUUUUUUGUGUGUGUGUGUGUCUCUCUCUCUCUCUCUCUCUCUCUCUCUCUCUCUCUCUCU